UUUUGUACACAGAUUGUAUCUAUGGAAGCUUCAAGUGAAGCUACGCUUUUUUUCAAUUUGUGCUUACUGAUUGUGGUGAUGUGCGUGGUUUUGUGGGAUCCAGAAGUAUACCUACCUUGUAUUUUUAUUGUAUCUUUAUAAAUGUAGUUGUAAAUAAGGAUUUCUUUGACUACAACGUACUUUGCAUAUAUUAAAAUGGCUAUACCACCUUUUCCUUCACAAGAUUUGGCAAAACUCGUUCUUGGGUAUCUAGCUGAGGAGCAGUUGAUGACUGCAUAUGAUGAGUUCUUACAAGCGAGCCCAUACUUGGACGCUAUGCGUAAUGAAUACGACAGGAUAUUUAUGACUUCCCUCAAGAACGUUUUAGCGGAAUAUAGAGCUGUAAAAAUAUAUGUGGAAACUUGCAAACCGCUCACACUGAGAAGGAAAUUGUUCAGAUGUGUAAAUCUAUUAGAAAUUAUAAAAUUUCUUAUAGACAAUGUUGAUUAUAACAAAUUACUUGCCCAGGAUAUAGCAGAGAAAAACAGCCUUGAUAAACAAAAUAUUACACUACAAACUGCACAGUGUGAGAUAUGUAAUUCAUUAAAGCUGCCAAAUUGCACCUGUAAAGGUCAACCAAACACCUGGAAUGCUUCAAACAUUGAAAAUGCAUCUCAAGCGGAAGAAAGUACUUUGCAGAAUUCUAUUGAGACAACUGCAUUGACAGAUUUGCCAGGAAAUCAUGGCAAUCUUGGAAAAUCACAAGCAAAAAGAUCAAAUAAGAGAAAUACAACUAUACCAUCUAAUGUAACUCCUACACAGAAUGACUUAAGUGUAAAACAACCAAAAUCUGCAAAAAACAAAAAUGCACCUGGACAUUUAAAAGUUGCUAAUUGUUCAAAAAUGGGUAUUAAUUCAAAUGUACAGCCAACAUGUGUAACAGGCUCAAUAUCAAAUAUACCUGAAUGCAAUAAUAUUCAUCUUGCUAAGAAUAAUUCUGGAGUGUUUAACAGAUAUAAUAGCAUAUCUGAUAAUAAGGGAAUUUCUAGUGCUAGUACAUUUCAAGAUUUUGCUUCUGGGGUCCAAGCAGGUUGUGAAAAAAGAUGUGUCACUGUACCUGAUUCUAGUACUUCAGAAAAUAUGGUUUUCCAAUCACCUGCACUUAAUAAUGAUAUAAGUAAACACAGAGAAACUUCUAAAUCACAGAUAGUUUUUAAAAUGGAGUCCAUUAAUAAAAACAUACAACCACAACCUAAACCAAGUGUGGCUACUGUCUGUGCAACAUAUUGCAAAAUUAAACCAAAGACUGAUGAACAAAGAAUUAGGAUAUUGUCUGACAUCAAAGUUGAUAAUGUCAUAAAUAGUAAUGAAAGAAAACUAAUCCCUGUAUUAAGAAAUGCUACAUCCACACCUUUGUUGCAAACUUUAGUUAUCAAUGGAACACCUGCAUAUAGACCACAUCCUGUAAAUAUGCAACAACAAAGUUUUACUAAAGAUGAGAUUAUGGCCAUGCCUACUAUUAUUGUUGUUCCAGCAUCAGAUCCAUCCCAAUUGUCUACAAACAUGAAGGUUUGUUCCGUGACGUCUCAAAGUUCUAAUAUUAUAUCAGUGCCGACUAGUCGCACUGAAAAAGUUUUGAGUCCUCUCGUGGUGGAUGUUUCAUCAAAUUCUUCUGAAGAAAAUGAUAAAAAAGAAGAAACAGCUAAAGAAGCAGAAACUGCUGUAAAUGAAGUAGGUCUUAUCAAGACUGUAGAUAUUGCUGCACAACCAAAAAUGACUUCAAUGCCUAAAGAUGGAGUCAAAGCAUGUACAGCAGAGACUAGUACACCAAUGGUAUUUCCCCCUUUGAGAAAAUCUUCUUCGACACCUCGUCGUACAUCGCACGUAAGAGUUUUGGAUUUUACUACUCCUAGAAGAGUUUUACAUGAAACUAUCAUAGAACAAGACUCUGUGCAACAUUUUGUUCUUAGUCAAAAUAUUGGUACAGUUUUGUCAGAACAAGUUGACUUUGCCUUAAAUGAAAACAAUAAACAAAUAGCAAACGUCCUAAAUGUUACUACUAAACCUGCAAAUGAUAAUAAAGAAACUGUAACAUAUACAAAGGGUAAUUGGGAUCAUGACUUAAGAGCUAUGAUAGAAAAAGAUAAGGAAGUCUUAUCAAAAGUUAAAACUAAGCAAAAAACAAAAACUACCAAAAAGAAAAAAGAUGACAAAAAGAAGACUGCUGAAAAAGAUGUUUCUGAAAAAAAUAAACGGAGAAAAAGUAAGAGAAAACUUGAGGAAGAAGAUGAGCCUGAUCUCACUAUCAAGCCAGAUGCCAUACCUGUAAAGCCCACCAUAAAUAUUAAGCCUGCCGCAGAAAGGGGAUCAGUUUUAACUAGUACUACAAAAAAAGAAGUUGAAAAUUGUAAUGUGAAAUGUAUCGACGAAGAGAGUAAACAUAACGAAGAACGCACUGACACUCCUGAGGUAGAUCGAAUCGCUUUGCAAAAUGCAAUUGGUGCAAAAUUAAAUAUUUCAGACUUAUUAGAAACACCUUAUAAACAAGUUUUCUAUGAUAUACAAAUGGAAACGCCAAGAUGCCUGGGUCCAGACAUGCCAGAUGAACCAAUGUCUGACAUUAAGAUUAUGAAUAUACCUACUCCUAGAUUUUUUGAUAGUCCAAAAAUAACACAAGCUACCCCUUCGUCAUAUUCAUCAAGACCAACCGAUUAUUCUAGUGGAGGUUCUUAUUAUAAACCUGAUGAUCAAGACUAUUUGCCAGUCCCAGAAUUCAAAUGUCCCGUGACAUCAUCGAAGGCAGACGAAAAUGUUGAUCUAGUAAAAGAUAAAAGUAAAGAUAAGAGAACUACUAGGCCAGUACGACAAUGUGCUAAGAACGUGUCGUAUUUUACAAGCACCAAAAUAAGAGAUGGUGACGAUAAGACCGACGUAGAUUCUAUAUGUAGUGCAAGUUCAAAUACGGAUAAUAUGCAAGAUCGGGUAGUCGAUAAAGAUAAAACAAUUAAAGUUAAUAAAGCAAAUGAGACAUCUAAAGUUGAAAGGAGUAAAAGGGGCAUUAAAAAGAAGAAAUCUCCAGCUGUAAAACCAAAGCCUAAAACCUUUAUGAAAAUUAAGCCAAGACGAAUUACACCUACCAAAGAAAAUCUGUCAGGCAAAUCAAGAAAAAGAACUUUGCAAAGUAGUUCACCGAAAUUGCCGAGAAAAAGAACAUCUAGUAAAGACAAAAAUAUAAAUGUAACACCCAUUAUAACAUCUGUUCCCGCUAAAUCGCGCAGGAAGUCUUCAACUCCAAGAAAACUUCAUUGUAGUAAAACCUUUAAUUCAGAAAAUUCUGAACAUAAUUCGCCUGAAACAUUAAGUGACAAAAAACUACAAAAUGUCACUCGUGAUACAAAUUCUUUAAAUACUCAAGAUUCAGACACCGAACAAUUGAAUCUACGAUGGUCUGAUGAUGGUUCACAAGAUGCAAAGACAAGUGAAGUUCCGAAAAAUGUCAGUGAAAGUGAAGAUAUAUCACAGAUCCAAGAAUAUAUUAAAACUACGUUAGCAAACGUAAACGCCAAAGAAAGUAGUAGUGUAUUGCAAACUCAUUUAGUUAGGCGAGGAUUUGACGAAGAAACUGCUAAAACUAUUGAAAAAGAUUUAUUGGAUACACCACCCCCAAAAGAUCAGAUAAUUCAUGAAAUGAUAUUAUCUGACAAAUCUAUUGAUACUGACAGCAGUAUUAAUAAUGAGUUGCAAAUUGUUCCUGAUAAUAUAGAUGGUGACGAAGAAAUAGAAUUGUCUGUCCAUGAAAGCAAUGAAGAAUCUAACAAUUGGUGCUCUGUAACAUUUAAAGGUGAUGAUGAGACGAUUUAUCCAAAUCAGCAGCCAUUGGCAAAACUAAAGGACACGUUUUCUAUGGAAGUAUGUAUAGAAGAUGGUAUUGCUAUUAGAUUAAGAGCUACUCCUUUUAAUUCUUUGUUUGAUAUCGAGGCUGGUCAAGAAGAUCGAGUUAUUUGUGAUAAAGAAAUGCGCGACGCUGUGGAAUCGAUAUCAAAUAUUGAGAAACUUUAUACUCCCCUUAAAGACCCUAUAAGAGCGCAAUGCUAUGAAAUAUUUGAUUCUACUCUGACUAGUUUAGACACUCCUUUAAAGGUGAGCAGUCCAAGAAGAUAUAGCCAUGAAAUUACUACCGCAGAAAUAAUCUUGGAAGAAGAAAAGCCAGAAAUUAAAGAUAACGAAAAAAUUGAAUUUAAGAAACGGAAGAGAAAAAAUUGCAUUGAUUCCGAUGAUUCAUCAAAUGAAAGCAAGAAAAUAAAACCAGAUGCCCAGUAUCUUUUGGCCUCUACAAACAUUCGAAACAUAGAUAUUGAGACGGUUUUGACGAAACUACAUGGUCCAUAGCAAAUUAUUAUUCGUAAAAAAUAUAUUUGUAUCAUAAUACGAUAUAUACUUAUAAAAUAUUAUUUUAUCAUAAAUUAUAUUUUUUAGAAAAUCGCGUAUUGAAUUUUGAUACUCAUAGGUCCUAACCGGAGAAGAAAUAAAUUAUUUCGCAUUAAUAAAUCGUAUUCACCUUAAAACUUUGUAAAGAUAGUUCGUUUCCAAAAACUUAUAUAGAAGCAACUUUUUUGAUUCAUACGUACGAUUCCUGAAAGAAUGUAGUGAAUUUCAGAACAUACAGAAAGGCGACACUGACAGAUACUCAAAAUAGUUUUUAGUUGUCUGCAUCGGAACAGGUGAUGCAAUAAUCUACUGAUGAUUAUUGCUAUCAAUAAUUGCCCCGUCUAGAUGAGUCUUAACGCUACUGUUGACUUCGUUAUCGACAUACGUAUUGAUAAUUGUAUAAUUAGGCUAGUUCCAGAUUUUUCAAACUUGUUAUUUUUGCCGUCCUUAAUAAAAACCGUGCCUAUUUAUAGUAUAUAUAGCUACAGCUUAUGAAAUUACACCAAAGACGUUGGUAAUAAAUUAUAGAUACAUAAUAUUUAUUUUUUGUUUCUGGAAUUAGCCUUGCAAAUGCGCUUUCUGUUUGAUUUUGGGCAUAGAUGUGCAUCAAAAUAAUCAAUUGUGUUCAACCAAACAGGCUUAGCUGUAGAAUGGCCAUUACUAUUUUUAACAAGAUGUUUCUUAUUACCUAUUUACUUCUUUAACUACUGAUUUCUUAUAACUUUUGAUUUCUUAUUUAAAAAUACCUGAAAUACGAUGAGUGUUAAUAAAUUAAUUAUGUACGUAAAGUUCAUUUUUAAGCAAUAUAGCUUUACGUUUGGAAUCGUUGGUAUGCGAUGUUCAUUCGCAUAAGGACAGCCUUUUGUUAAUUGUUUUGUAAUACGUAUGUCGCAAUUGUAUUGCUUAAUAAACUAUUUACAUAUUGCUGUUCAAUACAGAUCUGUUAUGUAUAGAAUACGAACUAUUUUGUUAAAAUGAAGCAAUCCAACUACGACAUGCGACCAAAUGCGUUUACCGCCUUUAAAUGUGGGUUCGUUUAGACGAUUAAGCUGUACGUACUUGUCAUGACUAAGAUUAGGUUUGUAAAUAACAUUAUAUUUAUAUGUGUUAGACACAUAGGUAAGUUAUUUGAUUUUUAUGACUAAGUACGAUGUUACGAUGUUUAAGUAUAUAUAGGUUAUAAUAUGUUGUGCUAGCCACAGAAUAAAAAAGUAUUAUACCACC